GUAUGUCAAAAUCAAAACUGUCAAGUGAUGGCUGUCACUUCAGUCUGAAGGUUAGGUUAUGUUAUGUUGUUAAAAAAUAUAAAUGAACGCCCUUGCUCCUGGUUAGUGUUAGCACCUGUUAGGUUCUACGUUUUUAUUUCAAAUACAUUAUUAUUUCACAUAAGAUAAUUCCCGUUGUUGGAGUUUGGCAGUCACGGCUACUUGUAGUAAUUGGCAAAUACAAUACGCAUACAAGCGUAGCGGUUGCGAUGGACGUGAUGCUAGCGUGUCGCUGCUGCCUGCUGUGUCCCCCGGACAAAGACCUGACGACGCCGCACACACAUCUCGGCAAAACGGAGAUAUAUGCCGACAUGAUCAAGGAGUGUUUUGAUAUUCAAUUGCAGCUGGCAGUGGGCGGCUCGGGCUCGAGCGGCAUCUGCUGUACGUGCGUAGGCCGCCUGCGAGACGCGAGCGACUUCAAGCUGCAAGUGCAGCGCAGCCAGGCGGAGCUGCAGGCGCGCUCGCAGGGAGCGAGCCUCGUCAAAGAGGAAGAAUCUGCAGUAGAGUGUGAAAACCCAGAAAUGCAGGACACACAUGAAACUUGUGGGUCUGAGCCAGGUGAAGAGCCCGCGGUCAAGCCGGAGAUGCUGGAUGAAGACACACCUGAGGAGAUAUUGCAUGAAGAGUUCACAGUCAAGUCGGAGGUGUCGGCCGACGGCGAUGAGAUGUCGCUGUGUUCGGACGGCAGCGCCCGCGCCAGGGAGCAGCUCGCGAUGACUUGCUCCGUGGUGCUCGAGCGCUCCCGCGGCGACGCGACUGCUCACAGCGGGGCCAAACCAAUCGCCUGUGAACACUGUGGCGAACGUUUUAGAAACGAAACUAUCUUAAGGAGACACAUUCAAGAGACACACUUGCCGCCAGCGCCCAAACAAUUUGCUUGUGAUUUUUGUAGUGCUACAUUCCAAACUAAAUCUCUUUUUUUAGAGCAUAAAAAAAUCGAACAUGGUGUCACAAAUUUCAUGUGCGCUCAUUGUGAGUAUUCAACAAAAUCCAAGAAAAGUUUGCGGGCUCAUCUGAAAAGUCGCUGCUGUUUAAAAAGCCUGAUUAAAAGUGAUUUACACAAACAUCAAACGAUACUCUCCGUAGACAAUAAGACACACAAAACAAAAUACAUAAGAUUAAAUACCAGAGUAAAGCCUUAUAAGUGUACUUAUUGCGACUACGAGUGCAGAAGACCGUCUACACUAAGAAGACAUGAAAGGAAACAUACUGGCGAAAAGCCUUACUCAUGUAGUCAGUGUGCUUAUAAAUGUAGUGUGAAAUCAAACUUAAAUAGUCACAAAAAAAUACACACCGGAGAAAAGCCUUACGCAUGUAAUCAGUGUGCUUAUAAAUGCAUUAGCAGAUCAGACUUACAAAAACACCAAAGAAUACACACCGGAGAAAAGCCUUACGCAUGUAGUCACUGUGCUUAUAAAUGCAUUCGCAGAUCAGACUUACAAAAACACCAAAGAAUACACACCGAACAAAAGUCUUACGCAUGUAGUCACUGUGAGUACCGAUGCAUUGAUAGGUCAACCCUAAAAACACAUGUAAUUAUACAUACUGGCGAGAACCCUUUUCUAUGCAGUUAUUGUGCUUAUAAAAGCAUUUGCAGAUCAGCCUUCCAAAAACACCAAAGAAUACACACCGGAGAAAAGCCUUACGCAUGUAGUCACUGUGAGUACCGGUGCAGUUCUAGUUCAAACCUUAAAACACAUAUAAUGACACAUACUGGCGAGAAGCCUUUUCAAUGUAGUCACUGUGCUUAUAAAUGCAGUAGAAAAUCAAGCUUACAAACACACCUAAGAAUACAUACCGGAGAAAAGCCUUACGCAUGUAGCCACUGUGCUUAUGAAUGCAGUCUGAAAUCAAGCUUACAAACACACCUAAGAAUACAUACCGGAGAAAAGCCUUACGCAUGUAGUCAAUGUGAAUACCGGUGCAGUCAUAGGUUAAGCCUAAGAACACAUGCAAUGACACAUACGGGCGGACCUUUUCAAUGUAGCCACUGUCAUUACAAAUGCACUAAGAAAUCAUCUAUGCGACGUCACCAGAAGACUCACAUUGGGAUGAACCCUGACAACGCAGCAAUCACCUAAAUCAGAAACUCAGACCUGGGGCCCGUUUCUCGAAAGGUACAAGUCUUGUAUUACAAGUGUGUUUCCAUGGAAACCCAUACGAUUCGACAGUUCGCGCACUUGUAAUACAAGGCUUGUACCUUUCGAGAAACGGGCCCCUGGCAUUGAUUGACAUUUCACGCUCCUUCAAUAAGGAAGGGCCUCCUGUCACGCAGCUCACGCGCGCUCCCGUGCGUUGCGUUAAUGCUUUUACUGUACACGAGUCGGUUUAUAGUUAUUUAUGUGACUGGUGCAUAAUGAGAGGCAUUAAAACACGGGUGUUGUUUUAUGACUUAAGCCACAGGCGAGUUUCAUAAGAUAUCACGAGUCACACGAGUGUUUUAAUGACUAAUUAAGUACAGUUGCAUACUUUAAAAAAAUACUAUAUUUAACUGUCAAAAUUGUUACAUGUGACAUAUUAUAGGCUACUAGACUCUUAUCGAAUUUGGCACAAGAAAUGAUUGUUUCCUGUAGUAUUUGACAUAAGAAACCAUUUUUUAUAGAUUUUGUGUAUUAUAAGUGUAUGGUGGCU